CGAUUCGCGCAUCAUUUCCUGGAUUGUUGACACACCCGGUCCGGAAUCUUCGGCUCAGAACAUCCCAUCACUCGUAAAAAUAUAUAUAAAUCUGUUUUUAUUUACCAGAUGAAACGAAGGGUGCCAAGUAUAAAGAACGUCAUAUGAACGUCGGGCGUGUAAAUACUUGUAUCACAGUGGCAGACUAGAGAGAACGGCUGUUCUGUUAUUGCUGAUACGAAAUUGCGGCUUUAUGCUAACGUCAGAUAAAUUGAAGCAAUUCAACAAUUUCGAGGCAACUGUUUAUAAGAACACAUCUGAAGUCGUCGCUGCAUUAAAUAUUAGACGUUCUGCAGACCAGAGCAUGCAAAAGGGGGCUGACCAAAUGGAGGGUGCAGGAGACAAGGAGUCUGAGGAGAGUGCGCAGGAUACUUCGGAGCAAACUGUCAGAGAGCGAGUCCGAACAAAUACACCAAGUCCAAACGCUUCAAAAUCCAGCCCACCCAGGUUUGUGCGUGUAGAAGAGUUGAUGGAGACAGCAAAAGGAGUCACAAAUAUGGCUUUGGCCCACGAAAUAAUGGUUAACCAGGAUUUUCAACUUAAACCCACUGAGUUUCCUGAAGGAAGUUUUGAGCGCAGAGUGAAGGACAUUUUGCACCAAGCAUUCUGGGAUUAUCUGGAAAGUCAGUUAAAGGAGGACCCACCACAGUAUGGCCAUGUCAUCCAACAACUGGCUGAAAUUAAAGAGACAUUGCUUUCUUUCUUGCUGCCGGGCCACGGUCACCUGCGUUCCCGUAUUGAAGAGGUUCUUGACCUGGCUCUCAUCCAGCAGCAGGCGGAGAAAGGAGCAGUGGAUGUUGGUGCUCUAUCCCGUUUCAUUAUUGAGAUGAUGGGAUCACUCUGUGCCCCAAUAAGGGAUGAGGACGUCAAUAAACUAAAAGAGAUCACCGAUUUUGUCCCUUUGCUUAAGGCCAUAUGUUCACUAUUGGACCUGAUGAAGUUGGACAUGGCUAACUUUGCUGUAAACAGCAUCAGGCCCCAUCUGAUGCAGCAAUCAGUUGAGUAUGAGAGGAAUAAGUUUCAGCAGUUUCUGGACAGACAGCCCAAUGCUUUAGACUACACUGAAAAGUGGCUCAAGGACACAGUGAAUGACCUCAGCGAAGCUUCUUCUACUGGCGCAUCUAGUGAUCCUCCUACUCUCCUCCCUGGUCAUGUCCAUAAUCAAGCAUAUUUGCGACUAUUGAAAUGGGAACACCUCUCAGAACCCUUCCCUGAGACAGUGUUGAUGGAUCAAACUCGGUUCCAGGAAAUGCAACAGAAGACGGAAAAAUUGGUUUUGCUUUCAUCUAUAUUACUCAUUGUUUACACUACUACGGGAGAAGCCAUUUCCGGUCUUCCAGGACUUAUAGAGAGGCUUAAAAACACCGUUCAUUCCAUGCUUGCAGACAUGCACACACCGUCUUUCAAUCUGCAAGAGACCUUGUUGACCAUGGGGGAGAAACUUUGCUUGGAGUUAAAUCAAUGUUUAAAACAGCAUGGCUAUGCUACAUUAUCUACUGACCAAAAGGACACUUUGAUGGGGCAAAUCUCAGCCACCAUCCAGCCGGACAACACUGUCCGUCGGUUGAUGGACUCUCGGGUGCAGGGCUACCUGCUGGCAACACUUGAAUCCAGUCAACACAAGACCCCUCCUCCUCUGCCUGGAGGUCUUGCACCUAUCUGCAAGGAGCUAAAAGAACUUGCUGUUAAUUUCAGUUUACUAGUCAACUUCAAUAAGCUGGUCUUCUCCCCAUUCUACCAAAAGAUUCUCCAUAAGUGCUUCUCAUCAGAACAUUGUAGCAGCACAGAGACGUAAGCACUACGAUGUGGAUGGUAGUUUUCCAUAGAUUUUUAGGUUAAAAAAUGAGAUCUGCUAAAGGAACUGCUUAAAAUAAGCAGUGCUAGACAGUAAUAAUGCUUAUAAGAAAUUAACAUUUACAAACAGAGUACAGUGAUCCCUUGCUACUUUGCACUUCAAACUUUGCGCCCUCAGUCCCUCGCGGAUUUUUUUUCAAUUAGAAAAAUACAGAUGAGCUCAGUCUCAGGAUGCCCAUAUACUCAUUUAAAAAAUAUUCUCCUUUUCCCUUAAAUUUGCUACAUUGGUAACCAACCAUUUUGUUCAGGCCAGAAAUAACUGGGUGACACAGUACAUUUUGUUUCCACCUGAUGUCACUUUGGAAAUGUAUUUCAAUCAAACAACUGUCACAAAUUCAUUUUUUUAAAACUUGACCAGCACCAAUUGAAACUGUCAUGGCCUGUGUCAGCAUGUACUGUAAGUUAUUUAAAAAACAAACAAAAAAAAACACUAGUCAUUAAUGCCAAGUAAGGGACUGCAAACAAUUGUCCUGUGGGCUGCAAAUGGCCCCCAGGCCACGAUUUUUAGCACUCUGCACUAAAUUAAUAAAAAAAAUAUCCUGCAAAUUUGACUCCACAUAAAAAAGUAUUAUUAAUAAAUCCGCGAAAUUUAAAUGAAUGAAGUAUUUGAAAAUCCUGUCAUCCAUCUGAAAGAAUGUGGGCGUGUCCGUAGAAGCCAACCUUCAUCUGUCAGUCAAGUACAUUCCUGCUCUCGUUGGCACGGCACCAUCCCGGUUCCUUUAACGCUUACGGACCAAGAGAGGCAGUCUACAGUGGGUACAGAAAGUAGUCAGACCCCUUGAAAUUUUUUACUCUCUGUGUCAUUGCAGCCAUUUGCAAAAAUCAAAAGUUCAUCAUAUUUCUCAUUGAUGUUCAGUCAGCACCCUAUCUUGAAAGUGAAAAAAAACGUAGAUUUUUUUUUUUUUUGCAGAUUAAAUAAAAAUAUCAAUUGGUCACAAGUAUUCAGACCCUUUGCAGUGACCUUCAUAUUUUACUCACAUGCUGUCCAUUUCUUCUGAUCCUCCUUGAAAUAGUUCUGCUCCUUUAUUGGGGUCCUGUGUUUAAAUAAACUGAUUGAACUUGAUUAGGAAAGGCACACACCUGUCUAUAGAGGACCUUAGAGUUCACAGUGCAUAUCGGAGUGAAUGAGAAUCAUGAGGUCGAAGGAACUGCCCGAGGAGCUCAGAGACGGUGGCUAAUCACAGACCUGGCCAAGGUUACAAAAGAAUUCCUGCAGCACUCAAGGUUCCUAAGAGUAAAAUGGAUAAUCGUCCAUAAUCGUCAAAUUGAAGAAGUUUGGAACGACCACAACUAUUCCUAGACCUGGCCGUCCAGCCAAACUGCGCAAUCGUUGAAGAAGAGCCUUGGUGUGAGAGUUCAAAGAAGAACCCAAACAUCACUGUGGCCAAGCUCCAGAGAUGCAGUAGGGAGAAGGGUCCACAAAGUCAACUAUCACUUGAAAGGUGGAAAAGCGCUAUACAAGUACAACACCAUUCACCAUUCAUCCCUCCACCUGUUGGGGCUUUAUGGCAGAGUGGCCCGACGGAAACCUCUCCUCAGUGCAAGACCUGCAUAGAGUUUGCCCAAAACACGAAAGCCCGCGUAGAGUUUGCUGAAAAAACACA